AUGACCACCGGCGAUAUCGUCUCGAUACUCUCAGCUAUGUCGUCGUCCCUAACGAAGAAGAGGAAGUGGCCGACGACAACGAAGACGAAGAAACGUAGUGAGCAUCUCGAGAGACCGUCGCUUCCAUAUGAUCUGGUCGUGAGCAUCUUAGCCCGCGUCUCGAGAUCGUAUUACACAAAGCUCUCCUUAGUCUCCAAAAGCUUCAGAUCGAUCCUUGCUUCACCGGAGCUUUACCAAACCCGAACCCUCUUAGGUCGUACCGAGACUUUUCUCUAUGUGUGCUUACGCUUCCCUGAUGAAGCUAACCCUCGCUGGUUCACCCUCUACCGCAAGAAACCUAAUCAAACCCUAACCAAGAAGAAGAAGAAGAAGAAGACGAAGAAAGAGGAUUCAAGUGCUCAUGUUUUGGCUCCAACGCCAGUUCUCGACUCUCCUGAUGAGGAAUGGUUAAGUAUUGUCGCUGUUGGUUCUUAUCUUUACGCCAUUACCGCAGCCAACAAAGAUUCUCCAUGCUCUAACGUUUGGUUCCUCGACUGUCGAACUCACACUUGGCUUGAAGCUCCAAGAAUGCGACUGGCUCACACCAAUACUGACUUUGAUGGGAAAAUGUAUUUGGCAGGUAGCUCUGAGAGUCCAGAUUCUUUGAACUGUGUUGAAGUGUACAACACCGAGACUCAAGCUUGGAACACCGUGCCGUCCAGAAAACAAAUAAUGGAAUUCCAAAAUAUGGAAGGAAAGAUUUACAUGAUCCCUGGUGUAGAUAUUGCUACUAAUGGGGAAAUGGCUUUAAAGCCAAAUGGUUUGUUAUGGGAACUGGUAAGUUUGGUUACUCUAUUGGGUUCUGUUUGUGUGAUAGAUAACGUAGUCUUUUAUUAUGACCCUCGUGUAAAGUGUAUAUUGAGUGCACAUGAAGACAACGGAGCAGUUUGGAGAAGAGUAGAGGGUUUAGAAGGGCUACCUAAGAUUGCUAAUUACAGUACUGUUAAGUUAGUGGAUUAUGGUGGUAAGAUGGUUGUUUUGUGGGACAAGUAUGUGCCUUCAAGUGGGUAUAAGGAGAAGAUGAUUUGGUGUGCAGAGAUUUCGCUUGAGAAACGCAACGAUGAAGAGAUUUGGGGGAAGCUUGAGUGGUUCGAUGCGGUUCUUACAGUCCCUAAGUCUUAUAAGUUGGUGUGUGCCAGAUCUGCUUCUGUUUGACAUGUUUGAAUGUAAUAGUGAAUCUUGUUGUGUGUCACUUUCUUUUCUCUUUUGUUUGUAACUUUGGGAUUAAUGUUUUGUGGUUUUAGCGUAAUGUG